UUAUCUUCUUCCGGUAUAGAAUUCAUGGUUCUUUUGCGCUUAGACCAGAUAAAGUAUAAGCUCGUUGCGGCAUUAUAGCAAGCGAAAAGAUAAUUUGUAUUAAUUGUAACAUCAAUUUUAUUGUGAAAUCAUGGCAGUCGGUUUAAGAGGACUUUUCAGACUAAAUCUUGGUCUAGCAAAAAGUCUAGUCUCUAAAUCGAAUUUUAUAAAUGUUAGCGUACGAACUUUGUAUGCAGAUCGAGAUUUGGGUAUACAUUCAUAUGAAAACACAAGAUUUGUGUUCCGUAAUCAGUUUGUAUCAAUAGAAGAUACCUUUCGUGUUAAAAUGAGAGAAAUUUGUGACAAAGAAGAUGGAGUGAUUUUUACGGAAGAUCUGAAAGCUAUGAUACAUUUAGCACAAUCAAAUGAAGAGGACUUGCAAUUAGUAACAGAAAUGUUAAAGAAAUUUAUUAAUUUUAAGAAUAAUGUGCAGUUUGGUUCAUAUGUUUUUGGUCCUGUAUUAAUGAGAAUGUUGUAUUAUUUAAAUGAACCGCAAAAGGCAUUAGAUAUAUUUAACAAUCCUGAGUUAACAGAAACUUUUAUGUAUCACUCCGCGAUAAGGAUACUUUUGUGUUUGUUAUAUAAGCACCAAAUGUACCAAGAUGUAAGAGAUGUAAUAGAUACUGUAGAAAAAUUUAAAGGCAAAGAAUUCACUACAAGCACUAUUAUUAUAGCGUAUGCUGGUUGUUUUAAGGAGAACACUCCUGAAGCAGCAGAGUAUGCAAUAAGAUAUUGGAAAGAGCACUGUAAAAUUCGAGUACCUACAAGUAGAGCAACUGGAAUUGUGGCCUACAUAGCAAUAAGACAUAAUUCACCUCAGGAGGCGCUCGAAAUGUUAUCUGUAGCACAAAGGGAUUCUUCUAUAGUUAUUAGAUGUUUAAAAGUCCUGGCAUAUACAAAGUUAGGAAGAUAUUUACAAAUAAUUCCCAUAUUGAAAUAUUCAACAGAACAGGAUCUAUCAGUCCCUCACAAAUUUGGUUUUUAUGCGGAUGUGAUAUGUGAACUCGAAGAAAAAUUAAAAGAGGAGAACGCAAGCGAACGCGACGAAAUAAUGUAUCUUAUAUCGAAGCUCAGACAGCAACAAAGAAUUGAGUCAGAGAAAACUUUAGAAGAACAGUUGUUGCGGCCUUUACAGUUUCGUUCAACCAUGAAUGAAGAUCUGAAUGACCGUAGAAAUCACAUGAAUCGUCCAAGAGAUGAAUUUAAAGUAGGGUUGAAGAAUUACCUGUAAUGUAUUUUUUAUUUUUUUUUUAAUCUUCCACCUAUUAAUGACAUGUUUCUUAAUGUAAACUUGUAAGGAACCUGAUGCCUUCCUGUAAUCAAGUACAGUUGUAUCUUUGUCAUUUACACAGUGUACAUUAGCAUCUUACAUAUAGUAAUUGUAAUUAUAUAAUAAUAAUAGCGAAAAAGAUUAAAAAA